GCGCAGGCGACCCGUGUGGUGCAGGACCUGGUGCCAUGGGUCGAGUACAAGCUGGCCGAAGCGCUGGUGAAGAUGGGCUUCUACGAUGAGGCGCCGGCGCUGGCUGAGCUUGAGCCGCUGUCGAUCAAGGACAGGGAUGUCGCUGGCGGGGGCGUUGCAUCCUUCAAGGAGAAGUGGUGCCCGCGCAACUGCGCCACAGCGGCCCGGGCCUCCGGCUUGUACGAGGCCGCUGGGAGCCUGUUUUGGGUGCCGGCGGGGGCGCGGGCGCAGGAGGUGCUGCCUGUGCAAGAUUGCACAUGGGCGCAGGUGGAGGAGUUGAAGCCUCUUUUUGAGGAGGCGCAGGAGCUGGCGCGGGUGGUGUUUCCGGCAACCUUGAGUGCCUGGGUGGAGGACAUUUCUGUCCUCUACCCGCCGGGCGCGGGCGAAGGCGACUGCAUGCCGAAGGCACUGACGCUGGUGGAAAAUCACGCGCUGGUGGUGGCGUGGUGGUUGGCGAUGUUCGAAGCCCUCAGGGCGGAGAACCAGGCGCUGGCGCUGAUGCUCUGGCAGGCGACAGACAAGAAAAAGCAGGUGCUGGCGGUGGCGGAUGACAACGUCAUCACGUUUGCAAAAAAGUUCCAGAUCAUCGUGGAGAAUUGUGGGGUGAAAGGAAUCGGAAAGCAGCUGGAGCACUGGAAGGCGAUCGGCCUCAACUUCAUGGGGAAGCCGGUGUAUCGAAUGUUGCACUACGCUCUUCUGGCGAUUGCGCAGCUGUCAGACAAGGCGCAGGCGUUGUUGCAGGAGCUGGAAAGCAAGGCCGGGCGCGCGUUCUUGACGGAAGGCCACACCAAGUUGCACAACGUGAUGCGACGCGCAGGCGCUGGCGCGGACAACUCAGAAGCCAUCGAUCCGGUGGUGGCACUACUGGAACAGCUGCUGCACCUCCUGCUUGUUGAGGUGGACGGCGAGAAACUGCAGGCGCAGGACGCGACCUCCGACUUCUUCGAGGGCGGCAGAGGCGCCGGCGCUGGCGUGGGCUGGGUGGCGAUGUCGCUUUGCAAGCUGGCGGUGUUGGGGAAGGUGUGCGGCGUGCUGAGCACCUCGGAGGAGGCGUGGGCGAGCAAUGCCUUGCAGCAGAUCAAUGAUUUGGGGAAGGCGAGGCAGGCGCUGGCGAAAGCAGCGGAGGCGGAGUCUGUGAAAGUCUCAGAGGACGGCCUCUGGUCUGCUGUGUUUUCCUCCAAGGACGCGGUCCCGCCAGGCUACGCGGCCGACUUCAUCGCGUACGUCAGCAACUUGUUGGGCGGCGGCUACGACGCGGACCUCAAAACCUUCAAUGACAAAGAGGACUUGGUCGCGCAACUCCUUGCAGGCGAAGGCGACAACCCCGUGCUGAAGGACUGGCGGGAGGCCCUGGACACCCUGGACAGAGGGGUUUCCGGCUUGAGCACCGGCGUGGUGGCGGUUGAUUCGAUCCAGGAGGACUCGCUGGCGUCGGCACCCUUGUCACUGCUGAUGCAAAAGUGCGCCGCCGGCGACGACCUGGAGGAGGUCAGGGAGACUACUCGCCGAGAGCGGGCGGAGGUGUUGGCAAAGGCGCGGGGGCUCAGAAAAGGCCUGUGCCAGUUGUUGGUGCUGCCACAGGCGUGCACCAAGGAGGCGUUGCAGUCGGCCUUGGCCCGUGCAGGUGCAGGCGGAGCUGGCAACUUCCACGGGAAGUUGAACGAGAAGCACCGCGGCUACUUUCUCAUGGCCGACCUGGAGCAUGAGGAGAAGCAGGGCUGGGCGCAGGUGUCAGAGAUGAGCGGCUCUGUCAAACAGCGGUUUUCGCAGAAGUGCGCCUUCUUGAAGGGGCUGGCAGGGUCGUGCGACUUCGUCUUCGUCGGCGAUGGGCGCUGUCGCGCGGCACGUGCGACGAUCGAAGAGGCGCUGGUGAAGGACCUGGACUACACGCAGUUCUUCGAGCUUUGGGUGAGCUUCGCAGGCCCAUGUGUGCGGGCGUCAACGCGGCAGGUGGUGGGCGGGCAGGUGAACAAGGAGAUCAUCUUCGUCAAGCUGCCGGCGCCGCGCGUACGCCUGGCCGCCGUG